UAAACAAGAGCUUGGAACCAGUCUAAAUAUUUUGCUCGAAAUUUUUGAGUCUGCAGGAAAAAUUUUUAUAGGAAAAUUAAUUAUACUAAGCAGAAAGUUGAUAAUUAAAAUACAUAUCAAAUUGAAAAUAUUCAUAAAAUAAUUAACUUUGGGUUAAAUUUAACUUUUAAUCAACUAUCUUUAGAGCUUUAACCGGUGGUUUCUCUUAUUAUCGUUAAGAAAGAUGCCAGUUGGAGACUCAAGAAAAGAUUUUAUUCUAACAACGUCCUCUAAUCAUUUUGGACUAUCUGCAAAUGACAAAAGUCUUAUCGGGGCCGAUACUGCAAAGCCUUUAAAUAGAUUUUUAGACGACUCAAACGUAGAAGUAUUAAGUGCUCUUUACGAUGGGGGUUCUAUUCAAUUUAAUAAUAAGAUUGAAUUUGGAGACAAUACCGGAAAUAAAACUCUGGUUUUCUGCAAAACUCGUCCAGAGGCCAUAACUCCAGAUAAUAUGUCCACAAUAAUUCUUAUUUCAUCAAUGCUGGACACACCAAUAGCGUCUCUAUUUCACACGAUAAAGUCAGAAUUUAAUCCAGUAUUGCUUGAGGAUAAUAAGUGGAGUGAUUCACUUCCUCCAAAACUUAAAUCCCUACUAACUGAUCUAGAAGCUGCUCUAAGUAGUCUGGUAAUUGGAGGUAGACAGGGAAGACAAGAGACAUUAGGAGGAAUUCUUUCUCCUUCUGAUGAACUUCAAUACUGGCGUGAUCAGGCUUCUAAGGGAGGAUCAAGAAGGGAUGCCGCGGAAACAGUUAUUGAAAAUUUGGCACCGAUGGCUAAAGAAUUUUCCGCAAUUGAUAUGAUGAAACUAUCCGAUAUUCCAGAUGUAAUAGACGAAAUGCAAGACUAUCUUGAUGAAUUAUGGAAACAAUCAGACUCGGAAACGUACUCUGAGGAGAGGAUGCGUCAUCUAUUAGAUGUAAGUGCUGGACUGCUUGGACGAAGUAUUCAGAAGAAAAUUUCAAAAGAAGAGUUAUGGAGUAGUCCGUUUUCCACUAUAAAAGACCAAUUAAAAUCAGGUCAGGCUGUUUGUGAACGGUGGGCACAAACUUGCCACAUGUUAACAACGCAAUUUUGGAAAAGAUACUCACCUCAUCCAUGGAAGGGAGAAAAAUUUGUACCAGAUAAUUUACUCAAGUUGAAAGGACGAUUGGAUGAAAUUCUAGCAGUUCGUGCAACGUAUGAACAAAUGUGCAAACUCCUACCUAAUCAGGAGCAACAAGAACUAAAACUAUCCGAAAGCUUUGCGCCAUUCUCUGGAUUAAAUCCAGUUCAUUAUAACCCGUAUACAGAACCUUUAUGGAAAUCCGCUGUUGCUCAGUAUGAGAGAUUAACAAGUCUGGCAGAAAGUAGAGUGGCUCAAAAGCUUCGCAAUCAUUUCAAAUCGAUUGAUGGAAACCCUAUACAAUUACUAAGAGAGUUUCAAAGAUAUAAAGAUUUAGUAAAGAGGGAUAGUAUUAUGAAAGAAUUAACGGGAGAAAGGGAGAAUUUAUUAGGUCAACUAAAUGUCUUCAUUAAACAUUGCCGAGACGAAUAUCAGCAAAUAUCGACGGGAACGGGAUCCACUCGGCUACCAACUGGUAAAAAUCUACCCGAAAUUGUAAAUAAAAUUGUUUGGGCAAGACAGUUGCAAUCAAGAGUCGAAGAUAUGAAAAGAAUAACUACGGAAAUCCUUGGAGAUUUAGCAAGAUAUAAAGAUUUACAAUCAGAUGCUGAUAAUUUAAUCGGUGAACUAACUAACUGGCAAAAGGAUCAAUUCGACGAAUGGUCCAGAGAGAUUCAAGAGCAAAUUGACGAAAAUGAGAAAAAUAUUUGCUUAGAAACUAGCGGCAAACUUAUGGAACUAGAUCAUCGAAGUGGAAAAUUGUUUAUUAACUAUGGAGAGAGAUUAGUAACACUUAUAAGAGAAGUUUCAACCCUUACAUCAUUAGGUUUCUCAAUUCCAAAGAAAAUUUUAAGAGUAGCUGAAACUGGAAAGAAAUUUUAUAAAUAUGGAAAUAUUCUUAAACAAGUCGCUAACUUUUACAAUACAAUUGAUCAGCAAAUGCUUUCCUCACAAAAAGCAAUGAUGUUAGAAUCUGCUGUGGCCUUUGAAAGAAUUAUUAAAAAUCCAAAAACUACUAACAAAGCAAAAGGCAAUACAGGUGUUCAAGUAACUUGGGAUAAUCCUGAACAAUUAGAAGAAUAUAUAAAAAGUCUUCAAGGAGCAUCAGGUAAACUGCAGACAGAGAAUCGGAGACUGAGAAAAUGCCACUACACUAUUGCUGAUAAAUGUAGCGAUCUCAUGGGAAUUGAUCUACUAAAAUAUCCUCAAAAGUGGAAGGAUUAUUUGAUGGAAAUAAGACAUAUAAUGGCCAAUUUAACUUCCCAAGGCUUUGCGUCUGAGAAUAUGAGACCCUGGAAAGCUCAUUGGGAUAGACAAUUAUAUAAAGCUCUUGAACAUCAAUAUCAAAUGGGAGUUGAAUCUUUAAAUGAAAGUCUACCAGAGAUAAACGUCGAAUUGACAUUCAAGCAACAAAAACUGCAAUUUAAACCACCUUACGAAGAGAUCCAAGCUAAAUAUUUUAGAGAAAUGAAAAAAUUUCUCAGCAUACCUAAUCACUUUAAAGGCGUUAGUGAACCACCAUCAUCAGUAUUUUCUGCAAUUAUAGACAGGAAUGCAAGCGCUUUUAUAGGAUGUUAUAUAAAAGCAGCGGAUUUAUUUCAAAGAUUGUCAAAAGUUCAAAAUGAAUUUUCUGACUGGGUUGUUCUUGGUUAUAUUCCAGAUAUGGAUGAUUUUGUUGAUAAAGAAUUACACAAUAUAGGCGAUUGGGAACGAGAACUAAAAGCUCUCAAAGUUAGAGGACGAAACGCGGAAAAGUUAAAAACCGAAUAUAAAGUUGACUGCGUCCGUGUAUCAACAGUUCCUGUUAAAAUGGUUAUUGAAGAGCAUAUUACGAGACUUUUCGAUGCUUUAUUAAUGUCUUUAAGACGUUCUAUAAGUAAAGAAAUCGAGAGUAUUGAUAAUUUCUUAAGUGAGGCAAUUGAUACAUUAUCGGUGAGGCCUCAAACGGUAGAGGAAAUUGGUGAAGCUAACUCCAAACAGACUAUUUUCAAACAAAAAAAGAGAGAGAUUCGACCUCAAUUCGAAGAGAUCGAAUCGAAAAAUAAGCUAUUAAAAUCAGUAGCAGGAGGUGGAGUUGAAUCAGUAUCACAAUUAAAUACAAAAUACGAUAAAUUUCAAUUAAUGAUGGAUUCAUUCCAAAUGAUGAUAAGCGAACAAGUUGAAAUGAUGAGAAAGAAUACAGAAUCUAGAAUAAGCGAAUACGAACAAAAAUUAGAGAAAUUUAAUGCCAGAUGGAGUCACGUCAGAAAUCAAGCUAGAGAUUCAAUGGAUGCUGACGUAUCUAAAUGGGGUGAAAUUGUUUCUACGAUUAAAGAACGAAAUGAAGAGUUUCUUGAAUUAGAAAAAGAAAAAGAGCAAUUAUGUACUGAUUGCGCACAUUUUGAAUUGCCGACACCGGAAUUUCCACUAGCUGAAGAAUUAAAAAAUGAAAUUCAAAGAUUUGGAAAUAUGUUUGGACGUUUCGAAGAAUUUAAUAAAGGAUUAGAUGAGCUAAGAAAGGAGGAUUGGAUAUCAUUUAGAACUCAUUAUUAUAAAUUUGAAGAAUAUCUUGUUCAUUGGUAUGAACAGAUUAAAAAUGAAGAAACUACAACAAUGACAGUAAGACUACAACAGGAAAUAGAUAAAUAUAAGAAUGUAUUACCAGUUUUAAAAUGGGUUAGAGGAGAUCCAUUGUCCACUGAUCACUGGCUGGAAUUGUUUAGAAUGCUUCAACUUCCUAAGGGUACGACUCUUGAGAAGCUAACUUUUAGCGAUGUUCUCAAAUCUGCUGAUCAUAUUAUUAAACGCGCCGAUGAUAUUAAGGAACUAAAUCUUAGGGCUCAAGGAGAAGUGACAAUCAGAGAAGCCCUAAGAGAAUUAGAUUUAUGGGGAGCAGGAGCUGUUUUCACACUAACCGGCUAUGAAGAUUCUCACAAACAUAAGAUUAAUUUAAUCAAAGAUUGGAAGGAUUUAAUGAAUCAAAUUGGAGAUAAUCAGUGUCUAUUACAAUCUCUUAAAGAUUCACCUUAUUAUAAAGCUUUUGAAGAUAAGGCAUCAACAUGGGAGCAAAAAUUAGCAUCGUUGGAUGAAUAUUUGCAUAAUUUGAAUCAAAUUCAAAGGAAAUGGAUCUAUUUAGAACCUAUUUUUGGCAGAGGUGCCCUACCGAAAGAUCAAGGCAGAUUCAAGGCUGUAGACAAUGACUUUAGGGGUAUCAUGUUGGACGUAAAUCGAGAUAAUAGGGUAGUGUCUUUAAACGAUAAACCCGGUUUAGGGCCCCGACUUACCCAAAUGCUCGAUCAACUACAAAGAUGUCAGAAGGCAUUAAAUGAAUUCUUGGAAGAGAAGAGAUCAGCCUUCCCCAGAUUCUACUUCAUCGGUGAUGAUGACUUAUUGGAAAUAUUAGGUCAAUCAACAAAUCCCGUUGUCAUUCAAACUCAUUUGAAGAAAUUGUUUGCCGGUAUUCACUCCGUUCAAUUUGAUGAAAAGAAUGAGAAUAUUCUUGCAAUGAAAUCACUUGAUGGCGAAAUUGUUCCUUUAAACAACCAAGUUAAAAUCACAUCUAAAGUAGAGGAGUGGCUGGAUCUUCUUGCAAAAGAAAUGGUUAAAACCCUGAAAGAACUAUUAAAUCAAUGCAUUGCAGCAAGCAAUAAUCUUGAUGCUAGCAAAUUCCCAUCUCAGAUCUUGUGUUUGGCUGAACAAAUUAAUUUCACUCAUAGUGCUGAAAAAGCACUAUCAUCAGGUGGAGGUUCUGCUUUAGAAAACGUUCGACGUGAGCAAGACCGAAAACUAGAAUCUUAUACUUCUAUUGAUCUAUCUGGACAGAGUGUUCAUGUGCUUAAUUUAAAAGUGAAAUCACUAAUUCUAGAUACAAUUCACAAUAUUGAAGUUGUAAGAGAACUUCAAGAACAUGCAGUUGCUGAUCCUAAUCACUGGCGUUGGCAGAAACAACUCAGAUUUUACCUUAGGGAUAAAGUAGCUAUAAUUAAGAUGGUUGAUGCAGAAUUUAAUUAUACAUACGAGUAUCAAGGAAAUGCAGCUAAAUUGGUUCACACUCCUCUAACUGACAAAUGUUAUUUGACUCUUACUCAAGGUAUGUCUAUGGGAAUGGGAGGAAAUCCUUACGGACCGGCUGGUACUGGCAAAACAGAGAGCGUGAAAGCCCUGGGUGGUCUAUUCGGGCGCCAAGUAUUAGUAUUUAACUGCGACGAAGGAAUUGAUGUUAAAUCUAUGGGACGUAUAUUUGUUGGUCUCGUCAAAUGCGGAGCUUGGGGAUGUUUUGAUGAAUUUAAUCGACUUGAAGAAGCUGUACUUUCAGCUGUAUCUAUGCAAAUUCAAGUUAUUCAAGACGCAAUUAAAUCGAAAGCUAAAACAGCCGAGCUACUAGAGAAGACAAUUAGUAUUGAUCCCAAUUCAGGAAUAUUUAUUACGUUGAAUCCCGCUGGAAAGGGUUACGGAGGAAGAUCCAAACUACCUGAUAACUUAAAACAAUUGUUUAGACCUGUAGCUAUGUCUAAACCCGACAACGAUUUGAUUGCUGAGGUAAUCCUUUUCUCAGAAGGAUUUAAAGAUGCUAAAAAUCUUGGUAGAAAACUUGUAGCAGUUUUCAAUUUAUCUAAAGAAUUGUUAAGCAGCCAACAACAUUAUGAUUGGGGAUUAAGAGCUUUGAAAACUGUUUUGAAAGGUUGCGGGAACUUGCUACAAAAUAUCAGAAGAGAAGAAAAUGCAAAAGUUGAUAAAGCAAAGGAAACUCUACUUGUAGUUCAAGCUGUUAGAUUCAAUACUCUUUCUAAGCUUACCUUCUCCGAUUCAAAAUUAUUUGAUAAUCUCGUGAAAGAUGUUUUCCCAGAAGUUGAUUUUCAGAACAUCGAAUAUAAAGAACUGGAAGAUGCCCUACGAGAAACUUGCACAGAAUUACAUUUAAUACCAAUUGACAAUCAGAUAAAAAAAUGUUUAGAGUUAUACGAGCAAUUACGUCAAAGAAUGGGUGUAGUUGUUGUCGGACCUAGUGGAUCUGGUAAAUCGACAUUAUGGCGUCUUUUGCGUGAUGCUCUUCUACGCAUUUCCAAAACAGUAAAGAAAUACGUAAUGAACCCAAAGGCUAUGCCCAGGCAACAAUUAUUAGGUCAUAUCGAUUUAGACACUAGAGAAUGGUCUGAUGGAGUUUUAACAUAUGCUGCAAGAGAAGUUGUUAAAGAACCUAUUGAUAUUCAAUCAUGGAUUGUGUGCGAUGGUGACAUUGAUCCCGAAUGGAUUGAAUCUUUAAAUUCUGUAUUGGAUGACAAUCGAUUGUUAACUAUGCCAAGCGGUGAAAGAAUCCAGUUUGGUCCCAACGUUAAUUUCUUAUUUGAAACUCAUGACCUAAGUUGUGCAUCUCCCGCAACAAUUUCCAGAAUGGGAAUGAUUUAUAUGAGCGAUGAAAAUACUGAUAUUACAGCUCUGAUAAAGAGCUGGUUAAAUCAAAAGGAGGAGAGGCAAAAGAUGCUCUUAUCCGGUUGGAUUGAAGAUUAUUUUUAUCAAGCAAUAGACGAAGCACAAAAAUAUAUGCAUGAAAUGGUAGUUGAAACAACAAUAGUAGGAUUGGUCCUAAAUGGCUUAUCUCAUCUGUACGAUGUAACAAACAAAGUUCAGUUUACUGUAUCAUUGAUAAAAGGUUUAGGUGGAAAUUUACCGGAUAAUUUAAAACAAAGUUUCUCAGAGACAAUUUUCUCUAUAACUGGAGAGAGUCCACCUGAUCCCAGACGAAUUUUAGACACAUAUUACGACAGUGAUUUGGGUAAAUUAAAUGUUUACUCUCAUGAAGGUGCAGAUGAUUUGACUGCUGACAGAUUCGAAGCAGAUGAUCCACCAAUUAUUAAAACCACAGAUAUUCAGAGGGGUAUGGAUUACUUUGCCCCUCUAUUAUCUAGUGCUAAUAAACAACCAUUUAUUUUGGUUGGUCCUGAAGGAUGUGGAAAAGGACUAUUAUUAAAAUACUGUUUUGAAAAAUUGAAGUCAGUUCAAGUAAAUGUGUUGUAUUGCAGUGCGCAAACUGGACCUGAACACGUCUUGCAGAAACUGAACCAAUCUUGUAUGACCGUUAAUACGAACAACGGUCGAGUGUACAGGCCAAAAGACUGCGAAAGACUAAUUCUCUAUUUAAAAGAUAUCAAUUUACCCAAACCUGAUAAGUGGGGCACUAGUCAAUUAGUUGCAUUUUUGCAACAAGUCCUAACAUAUCAGGGAUUUUAUGAUUCGAACUUGGAAUUUGUAGGCCUAGAAGGAGUUCAAAUUGUAAGCAGUAUGAAUGCUGGAACAUCAAUGGGUCGACAUAGGUUAAGUACAAGAUUCACAUCUAUAGUAAGAAUCUGUACUGUUGGUUAUCCGUCAACCGAACAACUUCAGACUAUAUAUUCUUCAUACUUAAAGCCAGUCUUGGAGAAGCAAUUAAAAAGACAUCCAAUUUGGUCUUCUGCUUCCAAAAUGCGAUCUUUGUCCAAUUGCAUGAUCAAGCUAUAUGAAGAAGUAAAAGGAACAUUUACGGUGGACGAUUAUAGUCAUUACUUAUUCACACCUAGAGAUUUGACAGCGUGGAUUAAUGGACUACUUCGUUACGAUCUCAGCUCUGGGGCAGAAGAUAGACCAGACCAUGUCCUAAAAAUAUGGGUUUACGAAGCUCAACGGCUAUUCAGAGAUAAGCUUGCAACUGAUGAGCACAGAGCCAAAUUUGAUGGAAUCUUGAACAACGUUGUUAGAGCUGACUGGUCUGUUCACUUUAUGGAUGAUAUGGGUGACUGUUACUUUAGAGCUGAAAGUGGAAGUGCUGGUGCCCCACUUCCCGCUCAUGGUCGAAACCUAAGUCAAUUUAACUCAGAUGACUUAACGGUCAUUGUAGAAAAAGCACUAGUUCAAUACAGCAGAGAUCAAAGAGAUUUAGAUCUUGUUCUUUUCAAAGAAGUUCUAUGUCAAAUCGUCAGGGUAGAGAGAGUGUUAACAGCUCCUGGAGGUUCUCUCCUCUUAGCAGGCCGUAGUGGCGUUGGUAGACGAACUGCUGCUACUUUAGUCGCUCAUAUGCACCAAAUGUCAGUUGUUGCACCAAAGAUGAGUCGAACAUACGGCUCCAAACAGUUCAAGAUCGAUUUAAAAACAGCCAUGCAACAGGCCGGCGUUGACAACCAACAAGUUGUUCUAUUACUCGAAGAUCACAACUUUGUAGAAUCUACCUUCUUGGAGUUAAUCAAUUCUGUACUUGCUGCGGGAGAGGUGCCUGGAUUGUACUCAACUGAAGAAUUAGAGCCGCUUGUUUCUAGUUUAAGAGAUGAAGCGUCGGAAGCUGGCUUCAGAGGAACUAUGGCUCAAUAUUUUUCAUCAAGAAUUAGAAGGAACCUUCACGUAGUCCUAAUCAUGGAUUGUAUCAACAGUAACUUUGCUGUUCAGUGCGAAAGUAACCCAUCUCUCUAUAAGAAGUGUUCUAUCUUAUGGCUAGAAGGAUGGAGUAGAGAAUCCAUGGUUCGUUUACCACACCUAAUUCUUACCAAAGAAGCAAAAGUUGAAGGUGCAGCUCUAUCAAGUGAAAAGCCAAAGAAAAGAAAGCUAUCUGGUGGGCAAGAACUUCUGAAAGGAUUUCUUCAUAUACACGAAUCUUGUGCACAGUUUGGAGAGGCUACUCCAAGAAGAUAUUUGGCUUUUGUUCAUACAUAUAAGCAAGUAUAUUCCGAUAAGAAAGUUAAAAUCGAAACUAGAACUCAACAUUUACAAGCUGGUGUAACCAAACUGAAUGAAGCCAAACAAUUGGUAGAUCAACUAAAAUCAAAGGCAGGAGAACAAAGUAAAAUAUUAGCCGAAAAGCAACUGGAGGCUGAUGAAAGUUUAAAAGAAAUUACUGAAACUAUGCACAGAGCUGGUGAUCAGAAAAUUGAAAUGGAAAAACUCAAGGAGCAAGUAUCUCAGGAGAAUGUUAAAUUAGAAAAGAGAAAGAAAGAAAUCGAUAUUGAAUUAGAAGAUGUAAUGCCAAUAGUCGAAGAAUCAAAAAGGGCUGUUGGCAGUAUUAAAUCGGAGAGUUUAGGCGAAAUUAGAGCUUUCAGAGCUCCUCCAGAUGUUGUAAGAGAUAUUUUAGAAGGUGUUUUAAGAUUGAUGGGAGAGAAAGAUGUCUCAUGGAAUGCUAUGAAAAACUUUCUGGCAAAACGAGGAGUCAAAGAAGAAAUUCAGAAUUUCGACGCUCGUAACAUUAAUCCUGACCAUAGAAAAGAGACCGCUAAAAGAGCCUCAGUAGCCGCUGCACCACUUGCUGCAUGGACUAAAGCCAAUAUAAAGUAUUCCCACGUUUUAGAGAGAAUUGAACCUUUAGAAAAAGAACAAUCCCAACUGCAAAAGAAUUUAGAAAAGGCGAAUAAUCAGAUGUCAAAACUAUCUAAGGGUCUUGAUGCCGUCGAUCGUAAAGUUGCCGACUUGAAACAAAAUUUCGAAAGAAGAACAACAGAAGCUAUGAAGUUGAAAGUUGAUUUAGAUAAAGCUCAGGAAACGAUUACUGCCGCUGAAAAUCUUGUUGGAAAAUUACACAGCGAACAUGACAGAUGGAGUUCACAAGUUGGAGAACUUCAUAAAGAAUUAGAACAAUUACCUUUAAGAGCUUUAGUUGCCGCCGCAUUUAUUACUUAUAUGUCUAAUGCACCGGAAGAUAGACGACAAGCUUGCAUAAGCGAUUGGAUAUCAGCAGUCGGAAUAGAUACAUUCGAAUUAAGAAGAUUCCUCAGUACAGAAAGCGAACAACUUGUAUGGAAGAGCGAAGGUUUACCAUCGGACGAAUUGAGUAUGGAGAAUGCAAUGAUGAUUCUACAAACAUCACUUAGGCCAUUCCUUGUCGAUCCUUCGUCCAGAGCAACGGAAUGGUUGAAAACCCAUUUGAAAGACCAAAGAUUAGACACUGUUAACCAACAAGACUCAAAUUUUACAACUGCUCUCGAACUAGCUGUAAGAUUCGGGAAAACAUUAGUCAUUCAGGAGGUUGACGGAGUUGAACCCAUAUUAUAUCCUCUACUAAGGGGCGACCUAAUUUCUCAAGGUCCCCGACACGUUGUUCAAAUAGGCGAUAAAGUUAUAGAUUAUAACGAGUCUUUUAAAUUAUUCUUGGCCACAAGAAAUCCUUCUCCUGAAUUACCUCCAGAUGCAUCGUCUAUUGUUACCGAAGUCAAUUUUACAACGACAAGAGCCGGGUUGACUGGUCAGUUGCUAGCUGCUAGUAUUCAAAAUGAGAAGCCAGAGUUAGAAACUCGAAAGAUGGAUCUACUCAGAAAGGAAGAAGAACUGAAAAUUGAAUUAGCCAAACUGGAAGAGAGUUUGCUUGAACAAUUAGCAAAUGCUAAAGGAAAUAUCCUUGAUAAUAAAGAACUACUCGAUUCCUUGCAAAAAACAAAGGAGAGUUCAACAACUAUUUCAAACUCACUGUCUGAAUCGCAAAAUCUUCAAGUAUCUCUGGAUCAAGAACGAGGAGCCUAUCUCCCAUUGGCCGAACAUGGCAGUCAACUUUACUUUAUUAUAAUGGAUCUCUGUAAAUUGAAUAAUAUGUACAGAUUUAGUUUGGCAGCAUUUUUGAAACUGUUUCAAAGAUCGUUAAAUAACAAACAAGAGGGCGUCUCCACAGAUAUUAGAAUUAAAAAUCUAAAACGUGUCCUUUUGAAGCUUAUCUACAAUUAUGUUUGCCGAUCUCUCUUCAAAACGGAUAGAUUGAUGUUUGCACUUCACUUGGUUCAUGGAAUGCACCCAGAAAGUUUUGAAGAAAACGAAUGGGAAUUUUUCCUCGGAAUGGUAGCGGUUGACGCUUCAAAGAGUCAAUCUUCUUUACCAAGCUGGAUUGAAGGAGACUGCGCAUCGACAGUUGCAUUAUUGAAAUCUGCUCUGCCCAACGUCUAUUCCAAUAUGAAUCUGGAAGAUAAUGGAGUAUGGUCAUCCUUUUCAAGAUCGUCAACUUGUGAGAGGGAAAUUCCAUCGGGUAUUGAAAAACGUUUAUCAAACUUUGAACAAUUACUGGUUGUCUAUUCAACAAGACCUGACAGAUUGCAGUCAGCAAUGACAAAGUUUGCGUGCGAUAUGCUUAACUUAAAAGAGUUAUCGCCAACAAAUGUCAAUUUGAAAAGAUUGUGCCAAGAGGAAACUGAACCAGGCGAACCAAUUCUUAUUAUAAUAUCGCCUGGUGCUGAUCCAUCUCAAGAACUUCAGGAUUUGGCAAAAGAUAUUGUAGGCAGUGACAAAUAUCAUCAAGUAGCUAUGGGCCAGGGUCAAGCUGAAAUUGCAAUGCAAUUAUUACAUGAAUGCUCGAAGAAUGGAGAAUGGUUAUGCUUGAAAAAUUUACAUUUGGUCACUGCAUGGUUGCCAGUUUUGGAGAAGGAAUUGAAUUCUUUGAAACCUCACGAAAAUUUCAGAUUGUGGCUUACAGCUGAAAGUCAUCCAAAAUUCCCUACCAUUCUUUUACAAGAAAGCUUAAAAAUUACCUACGAAGCUCCUCCAGGUAUUAAAAAGAAUCUUAUGAGAACUUAUGAAACCUGGUCACCGGAUUACGUAGCGAAAUCAGGAAAUGUAGCACGUUCUCAAGCAUUAUUUGUUCUGGCAUGGUUUCACGCCGUCAUGCAAGAACGUCGUAAUUACGUACCUCAAGGAUGGACGAAAUUCUAUGAAUUUAAUAUGUCCGAUUUAAGAGCAUCGGCAGAAAUGAUAGAUCGAUUAUGUAAGCGCUCGCAGAAAGACAUUGAAUGGAAUUAUGUUCAUGGUCUGGUAGAGAAUGCAUUCUACGGCGGUCGUGUAGACAAUAUCUUUGAUAAUCGAGUUAUGGUCUCAUAUUUAAAACAGUUUUUCAACUCGAAUAUCGUAGGAAGAGGUUCGGGAAAGAGAAUUGGUCCUUUGAAUUUACCAAAUUCAUGCCAAUCACAAGAAUUCAUAGAAGAAAUAGAUAGACUACCUGAAAUGGAUAAGCCAUCCUAUUUUGGCCUACCUGAAAACAUAGAAAGAUCCACAGAAAGAACAAUUGGCUUGAACGUUAUAAGUCAACUUCGAAUAAUACAACGAUCAACAACAAGCUCAAAGAAAUUCCAAAAAGAAGUGUGGCGAAAGGAAUUAACACCAAUUCUGAACCUAUGGAAGUCCAUAAAUCAAGGCCUUAAUUUAAUUCAGACUAGAAUUCCUCCUUCUUCACAUUCCUCUGACGCUUCACCACUUUUAACUUUUGUCCAACAAGAAAGAAUCAACGGACUCGCUCUCGUUCGCGAGGUUCACAGUUGUCUCUCUUCCUUGAGCAAAGUAAUCAGAGGAAUUCAGCUAUUGACAGAGGAUAUUCAAAAGGUUGCCUCUGCUCUCCUUCUUAAUAGCACUCCAACUGUUUGGUUAGAUAAGUGGCAGGGACCGAGUGAUGAUCCAUUGAGCUAUAUUAGAGGUUUAGUCUCGAGAACUGCGGCCAUAACACAAAAAUGGGUACCAGCCGCCGAACAGAACAACCUGUUGGAUUCAACUUUAGAUUUGAGCGAGCUCUUUCAUCCUGAUACCUUUAUGAAUGCUCUUAGACAAACAACAGCCCGAUCAAUGAAAACAUCGAUGGACUCCUUAAAACUUGCCUGUAGCUGGUCUAGAUCUGGAGGAGGGUCUAUUUCCAGCUCAUCUUCAGUAAAAUUAGGAGGAAUCCAAUUAGAAGGUUGCAGUUUCGAAGGAAACCGCUUAGUUCAGAAUCAAAGAGAUUCACCAUCUGUCGUAACUCUAUCAGAAGUACUAGUAGGUUGGGUAAAAGAAAUUCCUCCUCAAGGUCAUUCAAUUUCUCUACCAUUGUAUUUUUCAAAUGAAAGAGAGAGAGUUGUUAUGCAUUUGGAUGUACCUUGCGACGCAGAAAUUCACGUUUGGCUCCAAAGUGGAGCAGCUUUAUUCUUGAGAAGUUUUUAA